GCUGCGUGCGGGGCGGGGACCAGGGGACCCGUGCGGGCCGCCCCCGAGCGAAUCCUACAGCCAGGACACUGUGUUGGGGGCUGGCCCCAGGAUGGAGGCUCGGGCCCAGAACUCCAGGCAGGGAGGCAUCCCCAAGGCAGAUCUCCAGGGAGCCGACAGGGGCCAAGAGGAGAGGCCCAAGAUGGAGCUGAGGCCCCUGGCAGAGGACCCAGCUAAGAGACACCCCUCUCAGGAGGGAGACCUACAUGGAGGGACAGCAGGCAGCAAGAUGGCUCCCCAAGGCAGGGGCUCCUGGAGCUGGGGCCUCAGUGUGAGCCCCAGUCCAGGGACCCACCAGAGUGCAGGAGCAGGACCCCUGGUACAAGAGCCAUGUGGCCCCACCUCCUCUCAGGACCCUGACCUAGUCACUCCCCAGGGGCCACAUGCUGGGGAGGGCCCCUAUUGGUGCCCGGUCGGUACCAGGGCCUCCAGCCAUAACUGCUGCCUGAUGCAGCGUCUCAGAACACCCCCUGAGGAAAAGUCCCUGGUGUGUGAUCACUGUGGAGGCCAGGUGUUGGGCUGGUGCUGCCCCAGGACCCAGCUGUCCGAGAUCCACACAGAGGAUGGGUCACAUGACCAGCGCACAGGCACCCAGACCUUCGCAAAGACCCUGCAAGUGACCCUCCUCCAGCAGAACCCCUUGGAGGACUGCAGCUGCAGCAAGGACUUUACCCGGAGGGCCCGGCUGGCCCCGCAGGAAACGAUGCAGAUGGCAAAGGAGCCCCUCCUGUGUGCGCGGUGCGGAAAGCGCUUUGGCUCCAACAAGCAGCAGCAGAUGGCCGAGGGCCCCUUAACGUGUCCUCAGUGUGGCCAGGCCUCGGGUCCUGGCUGCAGUGCCCCGGGCCCCCCGGCCCAGCGGCUCUACGUCUGUGACCAGUGCGGCAAGGCCUUCACGCGCACCUCGAGCCUGCUGCAGCACGAGCGCAUCCACACCGGUGAGCGGCCCUAUGAGUGCGCUGAGUGUGGCAAGGCCUUUGUGCGCUGCUCCGGCCUCUACCGCCACCAGAAGACGCACUCGGCCGAGCGCCACCGCCGCAGCCUGGCCCUGGCCCGGCGGUCCUUCCUCUUGGGGUGCCCGCCCUGUGGGGACUGUGGCGAGGGGACCCAGGGGCCUCUCCGGGUGCCCGUUGCCGGGGAGAAGCCAUACGAGUGCGCCGAGUGCACCAAGGCCUUUGCCCUGUUCUCGCACCUCGUGGAGCACGGGCGCGUGCACACAGGUGAGAAGCCCUACGCGUGCCCGGAGUGUGGCAAGGCCUUCCACCAGCGCUCGAACCUGAGUCGGCAUCAGCGCACGCACAGCAGCGCCAAGCCCUACGCCUGCCCGCUGUGCGAGAAGGCCUUCAAGGGCUGCUCGGGCCUGGUGCAGCACCAGCGCGCGCACACCGGCGAACGGCCCUACGGCUGCCCCGAGUGCGGCAAGACCUUUCGGGGCUGCUCCGAGCUGCGCCAGCACGAGCGCCUGCACUCGGGCGAGAAGCCCUACAUCUGCCGAGACUGCGGCAAGGCCUUCGUGCGCAACUGCAGUCUGGUCCGCCACCGGCGCACGCACACGGGCGAGCGGCCCUACGCAUGCGCCGAGUGCGGCCGCGCCUUCAGCCAGCGCUCCAACCUCAACGAGCACCGGAAGCGGCACGCGGGCCGCGCGGCCUCGUGAGCGCGCGCGCCUCUGGAAGCCUGAAAAAACGGUUCUCGUCUUUCUUAA